CACUUUUUGGCCCCGAAAUCCCCAGUAUAUAUAUGCAGCUGAACCACACCAUCUAUCCAGUUUUAGUAGUCUCCAUCCUUAACCGUUGUUAACCGACGACAAUUAGACAACCCUCCGUCUUUAUCCAGGCCACAAGGUGUCGCGAAAACUGUAAGUUGUGUUUCCUCACUCUAUUUUUAUUUGAGGAUGCAGCUGCAAUCAACUCACUAUAAGAGAAGAAGCCGAGCUAUGGCCAACCAAGAAGAUGUCAGACCAACAUUAUUGCGCAACAUAACAGCCUUUUCACUUGCUUUCAACAUCAGAGUUCGUGUGUCCAGAAUAUGGAGACCCAGACGAUUCAACAGUGACAUAUAUGAUGGCCUCCACUAUCUCCUAAUUGAUGAAACGGGAGAUACAAUCCAUGCCCUGAUUGAUGAAUCUGAUUACCCCUAUGUUUCUGACAAAAUGCAACAAGGACAAAUAUAUGACAUCUCUGUUUUCCACACCCGAAAAGAUCCAGCCAAACCCAAAGUUGCAAAUCAUGAUGUGCAACUGUAUUUCAACGAAUCAACAAAAUUUGUGCCAGUUGAAGGCAUCGUUCCUCUAAUCCCAGAAUAUUCAUUCCACCUUCUUGACUUCAGUGAAUUGCCAACACAAUCUGACCACCAAACAUUACUUAUAGAUCUUUAUGGUUGUAUAAAAUCAGCCACUCCAGAAUACCAAGUUCCUAUAAAGGACACAGGCAAGAUGGAAUCAAAGAUUGAUCUCAUUGUGGAAAACGUGAGGAGGGAAGAUCUGAAAAUUACACUAUGGGGCGACACUGCUAGAAAAUUCAAUCUCGAGAGUAUUGAAGCAUCGGGUUCAGCAAUACUUGCUUUGAUCACAUCUUUAAGGGUGACAAAAUUUCGACAACAAAUUCAAGCAUCAACUACAAAUCACUCUUGCAUACUCAUAACUCCCCAGAUUCAACAGACAAGCGAAUACGAGGCUGAAUUCUCCAAGCCGGGGGACAGAGUAAAGACAGUUCCUGCUCCAGCCAAGCAACUCACACCAGAACAAAUGAAAAAAAAAACAACAAUGACAGUGUCACAACUGAACGCAUUAGAUCCAGAAUUAUAUACAGAUGUUGUGUACUGUACCGCUUCUAUCCGUAGAUUUCCAAUGCACAAUGGGUGGUGGUACAAAUCUUGCGCAAUAUGUCAUAAACUUCUGAAAAAAAAAAGAGGAUGCCACUGGAUUGAGUUGUCCUGAUCAUGACAUACAGAUUCCUGUUCCAUGGUACAAAGUUCAGAUGACAAUUUUUGAUCACACUAAUCAAACUACAGUGCUCAUCAUGGGUCAACAAGCGGAGCAACUAUUUGGAAUCACCUGUGCAGAUUUAGUGAAUAGAAGGUUCUACCCAACACAUGAAAUGGCACCGGAAGAAAUGGAAACAUUUAUAGGACAAACCUACAUGUUUGAAAUCAAGGUUAAUCCCAACAGUGAGCUACUGGUGAGGAACAUCAUCCCAAUUGAGCAACCUUCUGCAUCAUCAGCACAACUUAAUCCAAGUAGUACCACACCGGAUCGUCUCUCAUAUCAGAGAAAGAGAAUCAUUGAAGGAACCAGCAGAGCAUUGUUCAUUUCUGAUUCUGAAAAAAGGUUAAAGAGUGAUGAGCAGACCAAGUGUACAACCACAAUAUUGUCCUCAUCGACAUCAUCACUGCCAAGGAAAGAACAGUAUGAAAAGAAAAACAACUGAGUCAACCUAAUGCACUCUUUGUUGUGUGAUCAUUGUAAUAUAACUUUUUAUUGUGUGAUCAUUGUAAUAUAAUUUUUUAUGCACUUUUUGUUG